AUGGGCCCAACUGUCACCAAGAAGGAACUGUACUCUUACUACACCUACUACGCGGGUAAUAACGGCAUAGGAUCUUUUCAAUAUUCGAAUCUCUUGUUCCAGAACCUCAUCUACCAGGCCGGUUUCAACCCCAACGUGUUGCCGUUGGGCAGUCUCACCUUUCUGUCCCAAGCCUUUGUGUUCAUUGGAGUAGGAAGCUUAGCCGACUAUGGCGAUUGGAAUCCAUGGGUUGUGCGCAUCUUUUCGGUUAUAUGCUGGGCCAUUGAAUUCGCAUUUCUCGGGGUCAAGGAAGCUGAUCAAUGGAGAACCGCCAUGGCUCUAUACAUCUUGAGUGCAAUCACUUUUUGGGCUUCCUACGUCUUCUUCAACGCCAUCUUUCCCAAAGUCGCCCAUGAUCUACCCGAAGUCCAUAAAGCGCACGAGGAGUUCCUGAACAGGACCAUCAGCGAAGAGGAAUACCAGCACCGAUGUUCAAUGGCACGAACAAAAGUCAUGAACAUGAGUGACGGCUGGAAUAAUUUCGGCUUCACAGCCUGCGGCGCACUGUCACUUGCCGCACUUGCAGGUAUUGGAGCAAACGACUCCGUGGCUCAAAACAACUGGGGCUAUUCAGUGUCUGUGGCCGUGUGCACUGGACUCUGGAUCCUCCUCGCUAUCCCGUGGUUUCUGUGGGAAAAGAAACGACCUGGGCCACCCCUACCUCCAGGAGAAAACUACUUGACCUUUGCCUUCAAGCAAACCUGGUUCGCAGCAAAGCAGGUGUGGACUUUGAAGCAGACUUUCUUCUAUUUGAUUGCAUUCUUCUUGCUGGCCGACGGUAUCGGCACAACUAUCGUUCUCGUUGGCAUUGCGCAGACACAAGUGGUCGCCUUCUCUGCAACGCAGAACACAUAUCUUAUCAUGGUUCAAGGAGGAUCUUGCAUUGUUGGAGUUUUCGGACCGUACUACGUCCAGCAACUCUCCAAUCUCAGAACCAAGACCAUGCUGCAGGCCGCUAAUAUUGGAUGUGUUCUUGUUGUACUCUGGGGUAUAAUCGGAAUCUGGACCACCAAGGUUGGCUAUCACAACAUCUGGGAGUUCUGGCUGUUCAACGCGCAGUUCGGUUUCACCAUGGGCGCGCAAUUCUCAUACGGCCAGGCUUUCAUGGCCGAACUGGUUCCUCGUGGAAGGGAAUACAUGUUCUUCAGCUUGCUAGGCAUUGUUUCCAAGGGCUCUGCAUGGAUUGGGCCCAUAGUUUCCAGCGCCAUUGUCGACGUCAACAACAAUGACUGGACCCCUUUCCCGUUUGUAGCUGCUCUGAUUCUUGUACCUACGAUUGGUAUCUUCUUCAUCAGCGAGAUCAAGAGUCGAAAGGAAUGCGCCGAGUACCUUGUCAGAGAAGCCACCACUUUGCGAAAGCUAGAUAAUGCAGUAGAGGUUGCCAAAUCAAUCUAG